AUGGGACAGUACAGGAUGUGUGGCUUGGCACGGAAAGAAGCCUUUCUUCAUAGCCACGUCACUAAAGAGACAUUGACACAGUCGGAGGUGGCCCAAGAGAAGGGGAAGGAGAUGGAAGAGCAGGACCCAGAAGGACCUGGAGCUUUGAAGAUGGCAAGCAGAGGCCCCCGUCCCACCCUGGCUGGGAGCAACGUUGAAUUCUGGAUCCUGCCUAAGAACACCGUGACCUCAGACGCACAUUUCCAAUGCUUCAGGCAGUUCUGCUACCAUGAGGCUGAUGGGCCCCGAGAGGUUUGCAGCCAGCUCCAUCGCCUUUGCAACCACUGGCUGAAGCCAGAGAGGCUCACCAAGAAGCAGGUCUUGGACGUGGUGGUUCUGGAGCGGUUCCUGGCCCUCCUGCCCCAGGAAAUGCAGUGCUGGGUCAGAGGAUGUGGGCCGGAGACCAGUUCCCAGGCGGUGGCCUUGGCCGAAGGUUUCCUCCUGAGUCAGGCAGAGGAGAAGAGGCAGGCAGAGCAGCAGAUGCGGGGACCAUCGGUGAAGGCAGAAGCUGCAUUCUCUGGGGCAGACGGAGCUUCCUUGGAGCAAGGGCAGAGGGCGCAGGCCCAGGAGGGUGCCCAAGAUGCCCUCUCCUCUGGCAGUGGAGAGACGCUGUUGAGCCGCUGUCUUGCUGGAGGUGUGGAAACGGCUGCUUUACCUCCAGUCCAGUUCCCCAUUUCCUUUGAGGAGGUUUCUGUCUGCUUCACCCCAGGAGAGUGGGCCCUGCUGGAUCCGGGCCAGAGGACUCUCUACAGGGAAGUCAUGCGGGAGAACUAUGGAAGCGUCAUCUCUCUGGGUAAGGAGCUUUCACAGGGGCCAAAGGUGUGAGUUGGUACCCCUGCGAUGAUGCAGGAAUCAAACUGUUGAACAGCAAUACAUCAUGUUGAGGCCUUUCCAGCUGAUUGGUGAGGGUCGACUGAGACCAGUGUUGUGGCCGUCACCGAAGCCUGAGAAGGUGUCCUGGAUAACAAUGUUUGGUAAAACCGUUUUGGAGAAACCA